GGGCCAAGCAGGCAUAUAUUCUAUCCUUUUCUUUUUUAUUAUAACCGCAGUACUUUCAUGACCUCGAUAUUUAGAGUAGUUAGAGACAAUGACCUUCAAUUAUUAAACGACUUGAUUGAAACAAGGGAUUCUAAACGAUACAAACCCAUUGAUUUGAAUAAACGUUCUGUCUAUGGCAGAACCGCUUUGCACUGUGCUGUCACUUGGAACCGAGUUGAAAUGGCCCAAGCAUUAAUCAGUUCUCCUAUUGUCAAUGUCAAUAUAUGUGAUCGCGAGAAUGGUUGGACAGCACUCCAUAGAGCAAUGUACAUGGGCAAUAUUGAAAUUGCUCGCAUGUUGUUGGCAAGACAAGAUAUUGACCCCAGUAUCAAAGACAGGGAAGGUUUGGACGCUUUUGAAUUAUUUAAUACUACAUUAUCCGAUACGUUUCCCAAACAUCAAGUACAAUAUAAAAAGAUCGAUACCGAAUUUUCGAUGCAUGAGCUGGAUGAAACGUACAUGAUCCAGCAGCAGCAAGUAGAGCAUAUUGGAAAGGGAGGCACGGAUUUAUAUACAUGGGGCCAUAACACGAAUUAUGUACUGGGCCAUGCAGAUUCGGAAAACCGAUUGAAACCAGAACGUGUACAUUUGACACUGGCCUCGCAACAAUCGAAUUGUAUCAUGACAAGACCGACUUGUGUGAUCGAAAGUAUUGUCAUGUCCAAGUAUCAUAUGGCUGUUUUGACAAAUGAGCCACAGCAGAAUCUGUUGGUCUGCGGCUUUGGAAGUGGUGGUCGUUUGGGAACAGGUAAAGAAACACAGUUUACACCUGUUCCUGUUCAAUGGCCUGAACGCAUUAUCUCUGUUGCUGUCGGUCGAGAUCACACAGUUGCUAUCACAGCUAGUGGAAAUGUUCUUACUUUUGGUCAAAACAAUCAUGGUCAAUUAGGUUAUGAAACGGAGAAUCCAAUGCAAGCCUUGCCCCGUAAAAUUCAGGCACAGAGUUUAAAAAAGCAAGCAAUUAUAGGUGCUGCUGCCUCAACUGUUCAUUCUGUGGUAUAUACCUCGACAGAUAUCUUUACAUUUGGUAAGAAUGGAGGUCAAUUAGGUUACUUUCAACCAGAUCAUGAGACCUGUCAACCGACACCUAGAAAAGUGAGCACCCUAUCCAGUCCUAUUUUGCAAGUCGUAGCCAACGAAAAUGUCACUGCCAUUUUGACCAAAGCGCAUGAAAUUAUACUGCUCUGUGAUUUCACCCAGAAAAAACUCUUCCUGCCUGUUCGUCGAUUUCCUAGCAACAUCCAAGUACAUCGUUCCGAACCCACAUUUGCCGUUAAACUCAUCAGCAGUGGGACAGAUUAUUUAGGCGCAUUAACCAACACGGGUGAUAUCUUUCUCUGGACUGUUCGAACUGUAAAGAAAACCACCACUGUAUCCACGCCCAAACGUAUUUGGUCUGGACAAAACCAUCUGGUUGCGGUAGAUGUCAGUAUUGGUCAACACGGAGAAACAAUCUUAUGUACGGAGUCAGGGCAUGUAUUUAUUGGUCGUUCUGAAGCCAACGGGUAUAAAUUUAAUAACGUGCCUUCCAUACAACGGUGUAUUCAAGUAUGUGCUAAUUCAAGUGGUGCUUUUGCUGCCAUCCGCUCUGAAUAUCAGCUACCACUUAUCACCCAAAUACCCGCUUCUACACUGGUGCAUGAUUUAGUUUCUUCCUUACCCCAUAUCGAAGCUUCGAGCUGGCUCAAGAAAAGAUUGGAUAAUUACAUGGAAGAGGAAAAGGCCAGUUUAGAUCGCCUGUUAGAAAAAUAUACUAAAGUCAAUAGUAACCGUGUAGAAACACACGAUGCUGAUGAUUAUGCUGCAGAAAAACAGAAACUAGAGCAACAUUACAAAAUACUCAAAACGAAAUCAAUUGAGGAUGCAUGGAACCGAUGCCACCCAACCGACGACGCAACCUUGGAUAUUAUUUUGAUUGUGGAUGAAAAACGUAUCCAUUGUCAUAGCACGAUUUUGCGAUGUCGUAGUGAUGUUUUCAAGAGACUGAUAAAAUGUAAAGACCGAGAAAGCGAUAUCAAAAUCCGUCUAGAUAAGAGAGACGAUGGUAAAAUCGAGAUUUAUAUCGACCAGUGCCAUUUAGCCUCGGUGUUAUUACUAUUGGAUUUUAUGUACACUGAUGAAUAUCAACAUCCAAUGUCAUUAGGAUUUCAAAUGCCAGUACUCGCUUACUUGGAAACAUGCACUCUCAAACAAGUUCAAAAGGAUCUUUUGGCUUUAGCCAAACUCUUUCAUAUUCCCAACUUGGUCCUGACUGCACAGGAAAACUAUUACCGAAAAACCAGUUCGUUACAGGUGGAUUUACGACGAUUAUUAGAGAAAAGAAAUGGAACGGACUUAACGAUCGAAACAAAGGAAGAAACUAUGACAUGUCAUCAAGUAAUAUUAAGACAACGGUCUGACUAUUUCCGCCAUAUGUUAAAAGCAGGAUCUGUGUGGGUACAAGAUCGAUUCCCUCUGCAAGUUAAUUUGGAUCAUAUGUCAAAGGAAGUGAUGGAUACGAUCAUCCAGUACAUCUAUACCGAUGAAGAUGGAAACAGCUUAUUCGAUACUAUUGCUAAAGAUAAAGAAGAAUCCAUGAUGUAUUAUCUGUUGAGUGUGCUCUGUGAAGCAGAUGCGCUUUUACUGACACGUCUCAAAGUUAUUACGGAAAGUGCCCUGGUGCGCUUUAUCACACUUCGAUCUGCAGCUAUUAUUUAUGAACAUGCGGAUGCAUAUUUAGCUGAAUCACUUAAAGAAUCCUGUUUACAAUUCAUCAGUGUCAAUUUACCAGCAUUUCUAGGAUCCAGCAUGCUUGACUUUAUCUCUGUGCAACUUUUACGAGAUUUAGAAAACUAUGUGCGCCGUUGUCAAAUUAUGGAAACACCCACAGUUUCACGAGGUGCUUUUAGUUUUCAGGAUGAUUCCUAUCUGGAGGUUGAGGAUCCAGAAUUUUCUACGUCCUUGUAUGCACAGGGAAGAUUGGAUGGUAUUACUUCAUUCUUGGAGACAUUAGUUACUACGCGACCUAUUAAAAAUCCCGUAGGCGUGGCUCCAGUGGUGGCAGUAGUAAAAGCCGAAGCAAGAAUGAAGAAACAUGUUUCAGUGGAUGCACCUGUGGAAUUGACAACACAACCAAGGCGAAGAUCCUCUGGAUGGUCCUCUCAAGAAACUACAGUAUCAAAACCGUCACUGCGUGAAAUUCUUGAAACGGAAAAUCAACCGAUUGGCUCAGGAUCAAAAAAUGUCAAGUCAUCCGUCCCUAAAAAGGUGUCUCAGAAAGAAAGAAGAAAACUCAUUCUCACGGCUGAAACAACAGUGGCGGAAUCGUCGUCCUCCACGAAACAAGUGUGGGGCAAGGUUUCCCCCAUAGACAUACAACCUAUUCCUAAAGCUGAACCCGAUGAAUAUACGGAUCGUAAAGGAAAAAAGAUUUAUGUGCCUGAGGAACUUUUGGAUGAAAUUGAAGACGCGAGGUGCAUACAACCCACUACGCCAACAUUCACUUAUGAUCCAGUCGAAAGUUUUGGUCCUUCAUUUGCCAUCACACCUAUUCGUCGUCUGUUUCAACCCGUUAAAGACAGUGCAGCCAAAAAAUCAUUCCAGACCAUUCAACAGCAACAGCAGCAAGAUAAUUGGCGAAAAGAUUUCAAUCCAAAGAAGAACAUAUUAAAGAUUCAAAAAGAAGAACAAGCAAUGGAAGCCAUUGCUCAAUACUACGUCCAAACAUUGGAUAUCAUGAGUGGCGAGUGGUAUGAAGUGCAUAGAAUAUCUGCUAAAUAAAAACAUUCUUCGUCCAUUUUAAAACGCAAUUAUUAAAAC